AUUUUAAGUUAAACGUUGUUGGGAUAAAAUAAUAACGCGACAUAUUCUAUUCCGUUUCUUUGGGUUUUGGAAAGACUUGAUCGGAUAAGUAGGUCUUAGUUCAGACCGUAAGAAAAACGACCAAUAUGAAGGAUUCAAAAACUAAGACCAAAACUUCGACACAUCCUCCAAUGAAAGACAUGGUUAUCAAUGCUAUUUCAACUCUUCGAGAAAGAAAAGGCUCCUCCUUGUACGCGAUAAAGAAGUUCAUCAGCUCCAAUUACAAGGUGGACGUCAACAAGCUUUCUCAUUUCAUCAAGAAGUCCCUAAAGUCAGCGGUCACUUCGGGCGAGAUCAUUCAAACGAAAGGUCGCGGAGCUUCCGGCUCAUUCUUGAUGUCUAAAGUUUUCGGGAAGACCAAAAAACCAUCGGCAACAAAAGCUAAAAAAUCCAAAAGUUCCAGCGAGAUAAAGAAGAAAGUUGUAAAAAAGAAAAGCGGGGAAAAGAAAAGCUCUCGAACAUCUAUGGUAAUGAAUGCUACGAACAGGAGAAAAGUAGAAUGCAGAUAAAAAGAUAAUCAACAGUCAGCUCGUCGUCUCUAGUUCUCAUGGAGGAAUGAGAUCGAAAGAGUAGAAUAGUCAAUAACUCAAUAAAAUUCUUUUCGAAUUAAUAUCAAGU